ACUCCGCUUCCACUCUCGGCGCGCUCGCAGGGCUCGCCAGCGGCAGGCAGGCGCCCUCCUCCUCCUCAACUAGUUCCCCUUUCGGAGCGCGCGCGGAGCUCGUGCGCCGGGGAGAAAGGGCGGGCGGCAGCGGUGAGGGGGCCUUGCUCCAGCUCCAGUUCCCGGUGGGCUUUUGCUGAGGCCGGCGGCUGCCUGUCAGGCCGGUCGGAAGGGCUGAUUUGCUCUGCAAAGCGGCAGCACCCUGGCUCUCGGGGGAUCUACCCUGUGCGUGCCACACGCAUGUGCGAGCGAAGGCUCCGGGCUGGCAGCCGCUGCCUCGUCGGGCAUGAAAUGCGCGCUUCUGGGGCUGGCCAAAUCUCCUAGCAAGAAAGGCGCCGGUGAAUGGCCCAGGAGCGAGCGGGAGGAGGACCAGCCCGCCGGCGCCAGGAGCCCCAGCCGCUGCUUGCCCAACAUGCUGCGGAAGGUGGAAAGACAUGACAUGAAUACUCUCAGCUUGCCUCUUAACAUUCGACGAGGGGGUUCAGACACCAACCUCAACUUUGAAGUACCUGAUGGUGUGUUCGAAUUUCAAAAAGUAAAACUCAGUGCAGACAGCCUUAAACAAAAGAUUCUGAAAGUUACAGAGCAGAUCAAAAUAGAACAAACAGCUCGGGAUGGGAACGUGGCAGAAUAUUUAAAACUGGUGAACAGUGCAGACAAGCAGCAAGCUGGGCGAAUUAAACAAGUCUUUGAAAAGAAGAACCAAAAGUCUGCCCACUCCAUUGCCCAACUGCAAAAGAAACUGGAACAAUAUCACAGAAAGCUCAAGGAUAUUGAACAAAAUGGUUCCUCCAAAAAUACUAAGGAUACUUCCAAAGACAGUCUAAAGGAAAUUCAGCACUCUUUAAAAGAUACUCAUGGGAAAUCUCGUACUACAGGGCAGAGCAAUGAGACCAAGACAGGUGUUCCAGGUGUUUCCUUAACACCCCCGGUGUUUGUAUUCAGUAAAUCGAGAGAGUUUGCAAACUUGAUUCGGAAUAAGUUUGGUAGUGCAGACAAUAUUGCUCACCUGAAGAGCAGCUUGGAUGACUUCAGGCCUGAAACUAGUUCUAGGGCCUACGGUGGCAGUGCCACCAUUGUGGCCAAGCCAAAAUAUGCAAGUGAUGAUGAAUGCUCAAGUGCGACAUCUGGCUCAGCAGAUAGUAAUGGAAAUCAGUCCUUUGGCCAUGGUGGGACAAAUGCUCUGGUCAGCCAUGGAAAGCUUUCUAUGAUCUUGGAAGAGCUGCGAGAAAUAAAGGAAGCACAAGCCCAGUUAUCAGAAGAUAUAGAGAGUUUAAAAGUACAGUUCAAAAGAGACUAUGGUUUUAUUUCUCAAACACUGCAGGAGGAAAGAUACAGGUAUGAACGAUUAGAAGACCAACUGAAUGAUCUAACAGAUCUCCAUCAGCAUGAAACAGCCAACUUGAAACAAGAGUUAGCUAGUAUUGAAGAAAAAGUAGCAUAUCAGGCCUAUGAGCGGUCACGAGAUGUCCAGGAAGCCUUGGAGUCUUGCCAGACACGUGUUUCAAAACUGGAGCUCCAUCAACAAGAACAACAAGCCCUGCAGUCAGAAACUGUUAACGCCAAAGUAUUGCUUGGGAAAUGUAUAAACGUAGUCUUGGCCUUUAUGACUGUCAUCCUAGUGUGUGUUUCCACCAUAGCAAAGUUUAUUGCACCUAUGAUGAGGAGCCGUUUCCAUAUUCUCUGCACCUUUUUUGCAGUGACUGUCCUUGCAAUUUUAUGCAAAAACUGGGAUCACAUUAUCUGUGCCAUAGAAAAGAUGAUAAUACCAAGAUGAAUCUACAAUUCCAGAGCCUUUCUAUUUUUAAUAUUUUAAAAAUACUUCUAAACAAACUGCCAGAUCUUAAAUUUUGCAGUGUAGCUGUGCUGAAUGGAUGAAGAAUUUCCCUUCUGGAUAUAAAUACGUAAGAUCACACUCUGGCUGGUGAUCAGUUAUGCUGCAUGGAAUGAGCCGAAUCUAUUAUAAAUUGGUAACUUGUGUAAAUCUUUUUGCCUUAAUCCAGUUAACUGUUCUAGGAGGAGUGUUGAAGAACCUAAGUAACAACAAUCCUUGCUGAGAGAGUUGUGUACUAAUAUGUGGUAAUCUAUAUCAUUUCACAUUUUAAAUAACAAGGUUUCUCUCCCCUUUAUGGAACAUAUGCAAAUUAUAAAGUGAGCUGAAAACGGUUUGGGAAAGACUAGCUUAUGUUUCCUGUAUUUUCCAAUGACCAACGUCUGAUAAGCAGACUUGUGAUGGAGCUUGGUAUUUGUUUGGCCUGUUGUUGAUGCUGGUCCAAGAAACAACAGUUAUUCUUGCAUAACUGAUUCUAGAGAGUGUUUGCCUUACAACUUAGUUAAUAUUCUCUUUUGAUUAUUUUAUGAACUUAAAAUAUAUGAAUGAAUGACCCAUGUGUUGAAUGAAUGAUGUGUUGAACCUGUUGUUCAUAUAAAGAAAUUUCUUUGCCUUUUGGGGAAAUCCCUGAAGCCUAAAAGGUAUAGCAUUUUGACAGAAAUGCAGAAUAGGAGAAAUGGUAGUCUUGUAUGGUUUGGAAUUAAGUGACCAGUAUCCAUAUGACCAAAGCCCCUCUCAAGUGUCAUUUUUGAUUGUGUGUACAGGGAGAAUGUCCUACAUAUGCUCUUCCCAAUAUACACCAUUUUGUGUGAAAGAGGCAAUGUACAUAUAUUUCAGCUUUGGAACAUACAUACCAGAAUCCUGAAAAUGCAUGCAUUGCCCCUUUCAGGCAAUCACCCUUAUCAGAAGAAUUGUGUGUCACUUCACCUCACCUCACCCAUGGUUAGAUGUAAUGCCUUGAAAACAGCUCAAGUGUGGGCAAUGGCACACAUAUAGAAGGAACAGAUUAAAUGUGGUAGUACAACCAGUUUAAAAUUUAUAGCCAUCUUGUUGGUUUGUUUUAUGCUUAAUGCCUUUUAUGCUUUCUAGUUCAGUGUUCUCUUCUUCCUAACUAUCUAUUGAUCAACCAACCUAUCUUUCAGCAUUUCUCUGAUGCUGCUCAUUGUUGGUCUCCUACCAACCUCUGGUUAUAUCAGGGUGGCAUUCUCAAACCAAUGUGUUUCAGUCUACAAUAACACCGCUAUCACUGUGAAGUUUGUAUUAAAAUAAAACUUCAUAUAAAAUAAUCCAUUUGUAUAAGCUAGUUGAAUAAAUCUGGCUAGGAGCACUGAGGUGGAAUUUUAUAUUAGUGUUUCUGUUGGGAUGUAAGUUUUCUUUAAAGAUCAAAGGACAUCUGCUUAUUUGAUUUUGAAUGGUGGUUGGGGAACAAUUCUAACACCAAUUAUGUGUUAAUAUCCUUAAAUCUUAUUCCGCCAACAUACUGCCAUCCUGUUGCACAUUUCCCAUUUAUUUCAAUAAAGCUUGUUUAAGGCACUUCCAGAUGUGUUUAGGGCACUUCCAGAUAAAGAACUUCUGUGAUUGAUGUAAUGUUGUGUAGAUGACCACUACUGCUAUAACAAGAACCUUGUCUAUAAUGGAAUAGUAAAGGGAAACUUUGCUGCCAGGGACAGCUGGAGAAAAUAAUUACUUUUUAAAAGUUGUGGAAAAUCUAUUUUUGAGUAUCAGCAGUGGAAUGUGCAGAAAAAUAAAUGAGAACUCUGUUUUUGAAGUU